AUGGGCACCCAUCACUCCAACUCAGGCACCCAUCGCCACGCUUGUGCCUGGGCCAGCAGCGAGGGGCAGGGACGUGCUGUAAGGCAGCAGCACCACAAGACCCAGUGCCCGACAGUGCCGGCUGCGCUCAGGCUGCCGCAGCCCCUUGCCUUGGCCGGGCACCGGGCGAACCCCUCCCCAUUUGGGGACGGGACGGUGGAGAUGCUGGAAUCCUGCUCUGGAGACAAAGCACCACCCACCCGCAGUGGGACAUGUCACCCCCCGGGCAGACCCACGUACAGGGACGAUGCGAGUGUUCAGCGUGAGGACGAGCUGCGGCCGCAGGAGAGCGGAACCACUGCCCGCCCUGUGCCCGCCUGCGUGGUGCUACCCGCGAGGCUCCGUGGCCGCCUGGCCACCACCCGUCACCCGGAGCAGCUCUCCCACGCUGCACAAAUUUUUGUUUGUUUUCCUCAGGCAAAAUACAUCUCCCAGUGCAUUGAUGAGAUCAAGCAGGAGCUGAAGCAGGAUAACAUUGCAGUGAAAGCAAAUGCAGUCUGCAAACUUACAUAUUUACAGAUGCUGGGCUAUGACAUCAGUUGGGCUGCUUUCAAUAUUAUUGAAGUCAUGAGUGCAUCGAAGUUUACAUUCAAAAGAAUUGGUUACCUAGCUGCCUCUCAGUGCUUUCAUGAAGGGACUGAUGUAAUUAUGUUGACUACUAAUCAGAUCCGAAAGGAUCUGAGUAGCCCUAACCAGUAUGAUACUGGAGUUGCACUGACUGGCUUGUCCUGUUUUGUUACUCCAGAUCUUGCCAGGGACUUGGCAAAUGACAUCAUGACACUGAUGUCUCAUACAAAGCCUUACAUCAGGAAGAAGGCAGUGUUAAUCAUGUACAAAGUUUUUUUGAAAUACCCAGAGUCCCUCCGUCCCGCGUUUCCUCGCCUUAAAGAGAAACUUGAAGAUCCAGAUCCUGGUGUGCAGUCUGCUGCAGUAAAUGUUAUUUGUGAGCUGGCUCGACGCAAUCCCAAAAACUACCUUUCCCUUGCUCCGCUCUUUUUCAAGUUGAUGACGUCGUCAACCAAUAAUUGGGUUCUCAUUAAAAUUAUAAAACUGUUUGGUGCUCUUACUCCGUUAGAACCUAGGCUGGGAAAGAAACUGAUUGAGCCUCUGACCAACCUCAUCCAUAGCACCUCAGCCAUGUCUCUCUUAUAUGAAUGUGUGAACACAGUAAUAGCAGUUUUGAUCUCUCUGUCUUCUGGGAUGCCUAAUCACAGCGCAAGCAUCCAGCUUUGUGUUCAGAAGUUAAGGAUAUUGAUAGAAGAUUCUGACCAGAACUUGAAAUACCUGGGACUGUUAGCUAUGUCCAAAAUCCUGAAAACGCAUCCUAAAUCAGUUCAAUCUCACAAGGAUCUCAUUCUCCAAUGUUUGGAUGACAAAGAUGAGUCUAUCCGACUCAGAGCUUUAGAUCUCCUAUAUGGCAUGGUAUCGAAGAAGAACUUGAUGGAGAUAGUGAAGAAACUGAUGAUUCACGUGGAUAAAGCAGAAGGGACGACAUACCGGGAUGAGCUGCUGACCAAAAUCAUAGAUAUUUGUAGUCAGUCCAAUUAUCAAUAUAUCACAAACUUUGAAUGGUACAUAAGCAUCUUGGUGGAGCUGACCCGGUUGGAAGGCACACGACAUGGGCAUCUUAUAGCAGCUCAGAUGUUAGAUGUAGCUAUCAGAGUUAAAGCUAUUCGUAAAUUUGCAGUUUCUCAAAUGGCCAUGCUUCUGGACAAUGCUCAUCUCAUAGCCAGCAACACCCAGAGAAAUGGGAUCUGUGAGGUGCUUUAUGCUGCUGCUUGGAUAUGUGGGGAGUUCUCUGAACACCUCGAGGAAGCAAACCAAACUUUAGAAGCGAUGUUGAGGCCUAAAGUUACAACUCUACCAGGCCACAUCCAGGCAGUUUAUGUCCAGAACAUGGUGAAGCUCUAUGCAUCCAUCCUACAGCAGAAAGAGCAAUCUGGGGAAAAGGAAGCAGCUCAGGAAAUUACACAGCUGAUGAUUGAGCGUUUGCCUCAGUUUGUACAGAGUGCAGAUCUAGAAGUUCAAGAGAGGGCUUCUUGCAUCUUGCAACUAAUAAAAUAUAUUCAGAAGCUACAAAUAAAAGAAGUACCUGUAGCUGAGGAAGUAAUAGCCCUGUUUGCUGGUGAGCUGAACCCUGUGGCUCCUAAAGCGCAGAAGAAAGUACCGGUUCCAGAGGGCUUGGACCUUGAUGCCUGGAUCAAUGAACCUCCAUCAGACAGUGAGUCUGAAGAUGAAAAGCCCAAAACAAUUUUUCAUGAUGAGGAACAAAGGCAUUCCAGACAUAGACAGCCAGAAAUAGAUGAAGAGGAACUGGCCAGACGUCGAGAAGCCCGGAAACAAGAACAGGCAAACAACCCAUUUUAUAUUAAAAGCUCUCCUUCCCCACAGAAGCGAUACCAAGACACUCCAGGUGUGGAACAUAUACCUGUGGUCCAGAUCGACCUUUCUGUCCCCUUAAAAGUUCCAGGAAUGCCUAUGUCUGACCAGUAUGUGAAACUGGAAGAAGAGCGAAGACAUAAACAGAAACUGGAGAAAGACAAGAAAAAGAAAAAACAGAAAAAGGAGAAGAGAGGUAAACAUCAUCGCCAUAACUCUCUGCACACGGAGAGUGAGGAGGAUAUUGCUCCAGCUCACCAUGUCGAUAUCAUAACAGAAGAGAUGCCAGAGAAUGCUUUGCCCAGUGAUGAAGAUGACAAAGAUCCCAAUGAUCCAUAUAAGGCACUUGAUAUAGAUCUGGAUAAACCUUUAGCAGACAGUGAGAAGCUGCCAGUGCAGAGACACAGAAAUGUUGAGACCCUGAAGUCACCAGACUCGGAAGCUCCCCUAGUAGAGAAGAAGAGCAAGAAACCCAAAAAGAAGGAAAAGAAACACAAAGAAAAAGAGAGAGACAAAGGAAAGAAGAAAGAGAAAGAGAAAAAGGUAGUAGAGGAGGAAGAAGGAAAAAAGGGGGAAGACUUGGAUUUCUGGCUCUCCACUGCUCCACUGCCUGCUUCCACUACCCAGCCACAGAGUGAGCCUGAAGUGGGUGCUGCUGUUGUGGCUGAACCUCAAGAGGUAAAAAAGGAAGAAAGGGAAGAGCGAGAGGAGGAGGAGGAGGAGGAUGAAGAAAAUAAAUCGUCCAAGCAUAAGAAGAAAAAGCACAAGAAAGAGAAAGAAGAGAAAUCAAAGGAUAAAAAGAAGUCCAAAAAGAAGAGUCAUCGCAGUGAGGAAGAGACAACAGAGUCGGUACAGAAUGGAACACUAGAUGAUGAACCACUACCACCUAUGUCCAGUUACUGCCUUCUCGCUGAAAAUCCAUACAUUAAAAUGACCUAUGAUAUUCAAGGAAACCUCCAGAAUGAUAGUCAAGUUACUGUCUCUGUUAUCUUUGAAAACAAAAGCACUAGCUUCCUUAAGAGCAUGGAACUAAAUGUCCUGGACUCUCUCAACACUAAAAUGCUCCGACCAGAAGGAUCAUCAGUACAUGAUGGGAUACCUGUGCCCUUCCAGCUACCCCCUGGAAUCUCUAAUGAAGCCCAGUUUGUGUUUACACUUCAGAGUAUUGUUAUGGCUCAGAAGUUAAAAGGAACAUUGUCCUUUAUAGUCAAAAAUGAUGAAGGUUCAACCCAUGAAAAACUAGAUUUCAAAUUGCACUUCAGUUGCGCUUCAUACUUGAUCACGACGCCUUGCUAUAGUGAUGCUUUUGCCAAGCUCCUAGAGUCUGGAGAUCUGCACAUGAGUUCUAUUAAAGUAGAUGGAAUUAGCAUUUCUUUCCAACAUCUACUGGCAAAGAUCUGUUUUCAUCAUCAUUUUUCAGUUGUGGAACGCGUUGAUUCGUGUGCAUCAAUGUACAGUCGUUCUAUCCAAGGCCAUCACGUCUGCCUACUGGUAAAAAAGGGAGAGAACUCUGUAUCCAUAGAUGGGAAAUGUAAUGAUUCCACCCUGCUUAGCAACUUGUUGGAUGAGAUGAAAGAGACAUUGUCCAAGUGCUGAAUAUUCCUUAUAAAAUAUUCCAACUACAAGAAACACACCUAAUGCGUAAAGAUGAGCAGACCCAAGUGUUAAGUUUCUCCCUCGUACGCAUGUACUAUCCUGGGGCACGUGCUUUUCAGUUAACUCCACCAUUGUUUGCAGUUUAGACAUUUUAAGGCUGUAUGUUACCUUUUUAUUUCAAAACUUUUUACAAACUGUGGUGUUAACCCUUUCUAGCCCAAAGAGAUCCUGGUGACAUGACUGGAGGAGGGAGGGAGGGAGGGGCGCUAUUUAUUCAGCAGCUCGUGAUGAUCCCAUAAACCUUGCCAUCUGCGUGGGAUGGUGGACUAAGCAGGAUUUUAUCAACAGUAGCACAGAGUCUGUUGCUUGUGCUUAUUGCCAGGGAAGGUUGACUUGGUCCUUAACCAUGGAAUGUGUCUUCAGGGCUGCUGUAGUUGAUGUAUAUUUCUAGCAGAGGCUGGUGCUGGACCUGAAGGCCUCUUCUUUUUUUUUAUAUAUGAUUUAUUACUAUUAUUAUUAUUGUUGUUGUUAUCUCAAGAUCUAUUGUGAUCAGCAUAUAAACAUCCUCCAUCUCCUUGAGCUAAUCCAAAUGUGCCCUGUGAGAACUGGGAUGUCUGAGUUUCUGUUUAUAGUAGUUGCCUUGAGCCUUAACCUUCUUUUAGUGACAGCUGAAAGAGAGUGAAUGCAUGAAACGGGCUGGAAGUGUUACUGUUUGGUUCUCUGCUCCUGUUGACCACCCGCGCAAAUGGAGUCUAUCAUGCCUCUCCCCUUUGAGCAGUCUCUGCUGAUGUGUUUUAUGAGUCCACUUCAAUUUCACAUUCCUGAAAAGUUAGGGUGUAGCAAGAAACUGGAAAUCCAAAGGGGUCUGUUCCUGCUUUUUUAUCAUUUUGCUCACCAGCUGAGGUUGACCACUACCAGGUUAGAGAAACGCCCACAUGUGUAAUCCCUCCUGCUCUGAACAGGUUGCAGAUAGAGCCCUGUUCCCUCCCUCUGUGCUGUGAAAUCAGAGAUGUCGUGCUGUCUCAGUUGUCCCCGUAGUGUCCCACGGCCCUGCCCUCGCAGCACUGGAUGCAGAUUUAGCAGCGCAAGUGUAACUGGGUCCCUGCAGCAGAACUCUCCCUGCCCGGGUGGCAGGAGGGAGGGGUUGGUGAGGAGCUGCAGACUUGUCCCUGUAGCAGGUGACUUUAGAGGGAAGAAAGGGAGGGUCUACAAAGUGAAGCCCAUUCUGCACUAUUGAAAUCUUUUGGAAUCACUGACUGGAAGGGGAUGUCACUGUGUCCUUUACAGAGAUGCUUAAUUGAUGUCCUUCUCCAAAAUAUCUUGCUUUUGUGUAUUUUGGGUUCCCCCCCGCCCAGUUCUUGCUGUUCCAUCCCCAGCAAACUGAGAACACUCUAGAACGGUUUUUCUUUGAGGCACGGGUCAAGAAUGGUUGGUUGCUGUUACCGAAAGGGUCCCCAGGGAGGAGCUGGGUUGGUCUGCGCUUCUCCAGCACCGCCACCGCUCCGACGGGCGUCAGCAAUGCCCGGGUGAACUACAGCCCUACGCAGGGAACAGGAUAAAGUGUUGAUCUUAUCCUUUGGGUGAAUGUCCUGUACUUUAAGCGUGUCUUGUGCUCUUCACACCCUUCCCAUAUUAGGGUAUUGUUGCAAAGGCUCUGCUGUGGUUUUAUUGCUAGGACUGGCUUCGUAUUCUGACCGCACUUGUGCGCUGCAGGAAUUCGUUUGCGGCAGGCUUCACUGCUGGUGAAGUGGUAGGUUUUGGUAUUGGUCAACCUCCCUUGGUUAGCCAGUUUGUGUAUUAGAAACUGAACAUAUUAAAAUUGUCUUAAAGGAUAAUGUUCCUCAAUUAGUGUUUUUUUUAAUUCAUGGAUGAAAACUGUCACUCUAGCAUGUAGAGUCUUCUCUUAUGGAAUCCUGUGCAGUGAUUCUAGAAUUUUGAAACUGUAUGAUGUGUUACAUUCACAAAUUUAUUUGCUAUCAACAUUCCCUUAAAAAAAAAAAAAAGAAAAAACAACAUACCACAAGCUGCUGUAAUGAUUUUGUGUCAAGAUGAUCCAAUAAACUUUCAAAAC